AUGUUGGCUGUUGACCCUGCCAAGAGAUUCAGUGUGGCACAAAUCAAGCAGCAUCGCUGGAUGCAGGCUGAUCAUUCGGCUAUAUGUCAGUCCCUUUCUUCCUCUUCCUGCCUUGAGGCUCAGGAAACUUACAAUGAAGCAGUUCUGAGUAUUAUGCAGACAGUGGGCAUUGACAGGAAGAAAACUAUAGAGUCUCUUCAGAACAGUAGCUUCAACCACUUUUCUGCUAUCUACUGCCUGCUGUUAGAAAGAGUGAUGAAGCAUCAAGCACUGCAGCAAAGCAAACUGGGAAGUGAGUGGCUGAAAGAACCAUGUCACUCUCCUCAGGGGAUGGUGCUGCCUCUGGAGGAGGAUCUCAGCACACUGGAAUACUCAUGCUCCGCUUCUGCUGCCUGUCAGCUGGAGACUACAGCACAUAAAGAGUCACAGGUGGGGCAUUUGAAAAAGGAGGAGAAAGAGGAUCAAGCCCUGGACAGUCCUUCUGUGGAGUCCAGAAAAUCACAGAGACACACUUCCCCAGAUGCCUCUGCAUCCCAGAAGUUUUCCUGCUUGCCAAGUAUUGUCAUAGAUCAUGUUGAUGGCUCCACCUCAGACUGCUGCCUCCGGUCCUCUUCUUAUACUUCUACUAGUUCUUUCACCACCGUCUCCAACCUAUUAGAGAUUAGCACUGACACCAGUAGCUGCAUGACUCCGGGAUUACAUCCGUAUUCACUAGGAAAUCCUGGCUUUCGUUCAUCCACCCUUGGGCACCAGAGUUAUCUUCCUCUACCCAGCUUUCAGGAGGGAAGGAGAUCCUCAGAUACCUCACUUAUACAAGGUGUGAAGGCUUUCCCAACUCAUUUGAGAAAGAAUGGUCAUAUUAAAGGCCAGUUGAGUUGGAAUGAAGUUAAGGGCCCUGUGCAAUGCACGUGCAUCCUAGAUAACAAUCCACAAAGCGGUAGUACAUCAAUGGUUUUGACAAACCCUCCAUGCUUCCCAGUGGUGCACCACAAUGGCGUCUUGAAGAAUUCUUUAAGAAAUGAAAGGUUGGUUCCCUUCUCAUGCCAUCAAAGGCAGCUGCAGUUUCUCUCAGUGCAGCCUGCUCAUUCCCCUGAUCAUGUGAAGAAGGGUGCAGGUCUGGAAUCACAGAGCUUCUCCAGUCCACCUCAGCAUGAGAGGACUCACCUCAGCUCCCAGAACCCUCGGCUCCCACCACAGUCAGCUCUUCAGGACUCUCUAUCUUCUCUCUCCUGUUCUUCCUCCAUUAUGGCAUCAGCCGCACAGCUUCUUGAAACUCAACUGCAGAUCAGUCCACAGUCUCAGUCUCUGCCUCAGGCUGAGCUUGGCACUGUAUUACCCUCAGUUAAGUGA